GUGGAACUGUUUUUCAUGGAAACGUAUCAUCUGACAAACCUAACCUAUGUUUGUUGUGUCAAAACAAAGCAUCUAUAAAAUAUAAUUGAUUCGAUUUUAUUAUUUAUAGUAUUGCUGAAUUUCAUCUCUUUCAUUGAAAUUCAUAUUUGUAUUAACUUGUUCAAAAUGGCCUCGGCUGGAAUAUCACCAUCUGAAGAUGAUGAAUUGACCUUGCCACGAGCAUCCAUCAAUAAGAUGAUCAAGGAGAUUCUGCCACAUAUCAGAGUGGCCAAUGAAUCUCGUGAACUCAUUCUGAACUGUUGCACUGAGUUCAUCCACCUUGUGUCAUCAGAGGCAAAUGAAAUCUGUAAUCAACAACAGAAAAAAACUAUCAAUGCUGAGCAUGUUCUUCAAGCUCUUGAAAAAUUAGGUUUCAGUGACUACAGUACUGAAGCAGAAGCAGUUCUUCAAGAUUGCAAAGCAGUAGCAGCUAAACGUAGACGGCAAAGCACAAGAUUAGAAAAUUUAGGUAUACCUGAAGAAGAGCUACUAAGACAACAGCAAGAAUUAUUUGCAAAAGCAAGAGAAGAGCAAGCUGUUGCUGAACAAUUACAGUGGCAACAAUUACAAGCUGUAUCACAAAUGUCAGCAAUGAUGAAUAAUGAAGAUGACCAAGAAGAUUAUUCAUAGAAUAUUUCAGCAAAUAUUUUUUGAUUAGUCUUAUUUAUCAUUCAUGACUGGUAAAGUCAUUAAUGAUACCGUUUUGUAAUUUAAUUUAGUUUCUUCUAUGAAUUCGAAAAGUUUCUAAUCUCAUAAUUUUUUAAGACAAAGGGGAUUCAGAUUGUUAAUGUUACAAUACUUAUAAUUGAACAUUUAAAUAAGAAUUUUUACUAUUUACUGAAGUUAUACAUUACUUAUAUAAAAUUAAGAGUUAAUAAAUAUUUUUUAGGCAUGAGUUGUUGCAUAUAAAUUAAUUUAACUAUAACAAUUGAAUAUACUGGAUCCAACAACAUUGUAAAAUAGACAUUGUUUGUACAAAAUGAAAUUCGUGAUUCAUAUGAUAUGAAAUAUGAUACAAAAAACUUCUAAUGUAAUAUGAAAAAUAAUCAAUAAAUUCAA